AUGAAGUACUUUGUUAUCGAAGCUUCAAUAAUCUUCCUUUUAUGUUUCGUGGAGUUAUUUAAAGUCGUUUCGUCCGAUCGAAUGGAUAUCAUAGAUAACUUUAUCGGCUUAGCAGAGCCUAAUAACAAUGAAAUUGAGAAACGAAACUCGAUUGUCGAUGGAGGGGUUUUCGUGCCGUACAAAUCCACGACAAUCGUAUAUAAAUCAAGACUUGUUCCAGUCACUUAUGGAUUUGUUAUCAAAAAAGAAACAUUGGAAGAUAACCCGGCACUGUAUAAACUCGGGGUGAAAUUACUUGAUGAAAAAGUUGAGUCAACUCCUAAGCAUAUAAAACUCGAUGAGAAGAAAGUCGAACAAGCAAAAAUAUUGACUGAGAAUCAGUCGAAGUUAAAUGAUCAACAGCAACAGCUAGAGGCGAAGUCAAAUUGUGUAAAAGGUUCCAAGGUGCUGAGGCUGUUAGCUAAACUUAGCAAAGGUAAGGACGUGCUAUGUUUUAUAAUAGAGACCUUGCGAUUUAUGAAUAAUUUAGACAUUGUCCUUCGCUCUGUUUGCAACGCCAAAUCACAGAUUAUAGUUACACUACACUAAUUAGAGACAGCCCUUGCUUGACCACUAGGAAGAACAGUUAAGAACUGAUAGAGAGAUGGGAGCUGUUGGAUGUUAGUUUUAGUCCCUCUUUCUGUUGUUUUAGUCAUGAUAUAACAAGAAUGUUACAAGGUUGAUCACACAAGGUUGUAACAGUAUUGUUAUAUCAUAAUUGUGACGGACUUGUUGGAAAAAAACUUGCAACAACUCUGAUAAUAUCAACAAGGUUGUGCAACUUCAAACUAUAGGUUCAGCAUAACUCUUCCCAACCAUAAAACCCAUAUCUUGAACUUCUAAGACUGUAUUAAAUUCAUAUACGUACCAUUUAUUUGAAGGAGUUUGUUUUGGCCGUCCUAAAAUCGCAAGGUCUCUAAUAGCAAGUUUAGCCUUUAGGCAAGCGACGCAAGCGACACGCACGACACCUAAAAAUUGAUAUAACUAAUUUUGGCGACAUUUUGCUUCAUAGCGCUUGCGCAAAAAAGCAAAUAACUUUAAAAAUCUUAGGUUUUGUCAUAUGUGUUCAAGAUUACCAGUUUUUAAUCAAGUCCCCCCUCGGCAAUCUGAAGUCUAUGUUGACAAAAAAAGUACAAAUCGUGGUACGGACUAUGUAUUAUAUGUUUUUUGGUCUGGUUUACGUACAAGUGUACUGUGUAUAAUGAUUUGUGGUUUGUGGCGAAUCUUGUACGUAAAUAAAAACAUAAAUAACUCUCUUAAUAGAUAUUAACAAAAUAGAGAUGGCGAUCCUAGCACAAAAUCAAUCCGUGGAAUCAGAACAGGGCAGGAUCAUUGCGAAAUCUCUGAAGAAAGAGAAGGAAAUAAAAAAACUUCAUCCUCAGAACGAGGCACACGUGUCUGGGCACAAAGGAGUAUUUGAGAAGGAGUUGAAUAUUAUGAACAAGAAACCUCAGACACAAUGUAAGCUAUUCCUAUACACUAAAUCUUCAUUUUCCCGUUAAUCUUCUAUUGAAUUGCCCUCCCAACAUUGUAAAGGGGGAGGGGGAUUUUGGAAAUUUUCAAUAGUCUACGAAUUAAUUUUCUUGACUGUGGUGCAUGAAUUAGUUUACCGCGUUUCUUUGUUACUGUCUCAACUAAAUAAAAAACCUCUAUCUAUUAAAUGCCUCUCUAUUAAGCUCCGAACCCUCAAACUUGCCUGAAAUAUACGAACCCACCCACUGGUGCUUAUUUCAGACUUCCCGUGAUUUCAUUCGAUAUGUGGGAAGUGGCACUUGGACAUGAUUUUGUACUAAUUAAUACUUAACUAUGAUUUUACCUUAUCGAUGCUAUUCUAAUUAUUUUCUUUAACCCUACUUGUGCUAAAUAUAUUUAGUACCCUGCAAUACAAUACUUAGUACCCUUAGUAAGUUAUACAUUACCUUUAUGUUAGGUAUCUUACCAUGUGUUAUAAUAAAAUGUUUAGAUUUUCAAUUUUUUGUAUUAUCAUUGGCACAAAUAAACUUCACCUAUUUUUCAUGAAAAACAGCAACUAAUUUUAUUAUCAAUUUAUGAAAUACUCUAUCUAUUUUUACCUAGAUAUUUCGAAAAAUCUGUCCAGAUACUGGCAAUGCAGAAGAUCCCAUACCAAGAAAAAAUGUGCAGUGUUUCUACUCAUCAAAGAUGCGCACAAUGGACACCAUCGAGUCAAGCAUCCAGCGAGAUACGUGCCGGUCCACCAUUACAAACAUCAUAGGAGACAUCGCAAGAAACACGAGAGACAUUAUCUAAAUAAACACAACGAUAAGAAGCAUAGUAGCCAUGAUAAUGUAGACAAACAUAAUGAAACCACAAAGCAUCCAGAAAAACAUGAUGAGACGAAGCAUAAAGUCAGGCAUGUAAACAAUGGGAAAAAUCAAGACAAGCAUAACAAUAGCACGAUACAUUCAGCAAGACACAAGUCACAUCAAAAACGUCACAGAAAACAUCAGGCCAAAUCUGAGAGCCAUUUAAAGAAGCAUCUAUUCGGAUACGAGAGCCAUGAGGGAGAACAGCUGGACGGCAAUAACAAUGACCUCAAGAGGCAUCCAUUCAGAUAUAAGAGAAGGAAGGGAAAGAAAGUUAAAAAGAAAAAACAAAACAAAAGCACAGACAUGAUUUAG